AUGAUAUCAAGAUUUGAAAGUUUACCAAAUGAAAUUCUUUUUAUUAUAUUUUGUAAUAUGUCAUGGUCAGAAUUAUUAAUAUGUUUUUGGUCGUUAAAUAAACGACUGGAUCUAUUAAUAUGUUCAUUUUUGUCAAGGAUUAACAAUAAAGAAAAUAGUGGUGUUGUUUUUAUUCAACCAGGUUUAUCAUUUAAACAAUGCCAUUCAACAUUAUUUCCAUUGAUUUGUCAAUCAUCACUUUCUUCUUCUAUUCGUCGAAUGCAUUUUGAUGGAACGUAUUCAAAUUCUUGUGAAUUAAUAAAUGAAUGGUUGUUUGAUAACAAGAGAAAAUCUAUUCGGUUUUCAAAUAUCAAAUCACUUAUUCUCACUCGAUGUUUAUUAGUGAAAUCCUUAAUUGAUACAUUGCUUUUUCUUAUUAAACAUCAACUUGAUGAACUUACAUUAAUCCUUGAUAAAGAUAUGACUCAAGUGCUUCGAUAUCCAUAUGAAUCUUCAAAUAUGGAAUUUGAAGCAGGAGAAUUAGUGGCAAUGUUUAAAGAAUUAAUUGAAGAACUUUUCUCAGAUAAAUGUCGAUUAACUUCACUUAAACUUGAUAUUGUUUGUGAUGAUUAUUCUUCUCAUUUUUGUCAAUGUUUAAAAUUACGUAAUGAUAUUCAUUCAGAUUUGAUUUUGAAUAGUAAACAAAUAUAUUGUCCGAAUCUUCGUUGUUUACAUAUUCAUAUUAACGGCACUUUUUUUCUUGAAAAUCUUAUUCAAUAUGUUCCUCUUCUUGAACAAUUAAUUGUUGUUUCUCGUUUUUCAUUAAUAUAUUGUCCACGAUCAACAUCAGAUAUAAAGACUUUAAUCGAAACAAAUGGAAAUUGGUUUAAAAAAGUAUCAAAAUUAAAGUGUUUUACUUUAAAAAGUGUUGUAUCGAAUGAUUUAGAGUUUGCUUAUUUAAAAUGGCUUCUUAAUAAUGUUAAUCAUAUUGAACAACUUCAUAUUCAUCUUCAAAGUAAAGAUUAUUUUAAAAGAGAUGAAAUCAUUUGGAAUUCUAUUAUCGAUGCAAAUUUUGUUUAUAAAUAUUGUUUACCUGAUGAAAUAAUUAAUUUAAGACAGUUUCAUUUUUAUAUUAUCAGCAAAUGUAAACCAUUAAAGAAUACGAAUGAUGAAAUAAUUCAUUCAUUUAAAAUUCAUCCUUUUUUUCUUAAUCGUCAAUGGACAAAUGUCAAAUGUUUCUUUGAUCCAAUUAUGUCUUAUCAAUAUCUGUCUUCUUCAUUAACCUAUAAGAUGAAAUUUAAUGACGGUUUCAUGCAGAUUCCACUAUGGAUUUCUCAAUCAAAUACUCGUUAUGUAUGGAUUGAUCUUCAUCCAUCUCUUCAUUUAUUUCUUGAACAAUUUAAUGAAUUAUUUCCUAAUGUUUUUUGCAUCAAAGUUGCUAUGAGACAUUAUGCAUACUUUGAUAUUACAAAAUCAAGUUCAUUGAUAAUGUCAUUCGAAAUUAGAAAAUGCAGAUUAACUAAUAUUCAAUUACGCAAUGUCACUAGACUUGAUUUUAAUCCUUAUUUUCAUCGUGGAUUAGGAAAUACUGAUGAAUCAAUUGAUCGAAAUAAGGUACGUGCAAAACUACUGGCUCAUCUUAUUUCAAUGCCUGUUCAAUUAAAAGAUCUUCGAAUAGAACUAUUUGAAUGGCUUUUACAUAUUAUUCAAUAUGCAUCUGACAUAUUAAGAAAAGAUGCAUUAAAUACUGUUGAGUAUGCUGAAUUUUAUAUUCCUAGUUGUCACAGGGCCACAAAUGAAGGAAUUCAUAUUGGCAAAAAUCUCGUACCGUUUCUCAGUACAUAUAUGCCACAAUUACAAACGUUACGUCUCUGGCGAUCAGAUGAUUUUCCAUGGACAUCUAUUCGACCAAAUUUUAAAGGAGGAUUUACUUCUGCACCAUUGAUUCAACGAUGGUAUAAAUCUCUUCAAACACGUGAAUCAAUCGAUGAACAUGUGUCGGUCUUUGAAGAAGAUCUUAAUGAAUUAGUCAAACAAUUAAAAGAAUUUGUUUUUCUCGAGAUUCUUGGUGAAAUACAUGUAGAAAAGGUUGAACCUUAUCGCGCUAUGGUUCAAAGACACUUCCCUUACAGUCGAUGCAAUGUGGAAGUGUCGAGAUUGCGUCUAUGGCUUUAA